GCGAUAGUCACGUGGGUUCCGCCCCCAUAGUCGACAUUAUAACAACAAGGCAGGCGAGCUGAGACUAGCAGGGGUGAGGAGACGACGCUGUUGAAGGAGGAAACAGCAAUCCAAAAAACUGGAGCAGAUUUACUAAGUAAGACCGCAAUGUGAUCACAGAGCAUGAUCAACCCUACAGCAGGAUGAAUGCCACGUGAUGCAUCUGGAUUAUCCAUCUUUUGGUCCCUCAGGCUCGCCAAUGCCUCGCACUCCCUCCAACUCCUCUGCUUCUGACCCUGGCAGUUCAGAUGGCAGCAGCUCCUCCUCACCUGCCUCAAAGCCAAACCUGGACAGCCAAUCAGCCUCUUCCUCUUGUGUCUCAUCAUCUCUCCCAGAAUCUUGCGAUGAGUUAAGGCACCGCAGUGGGCAUCCCUCCUACCACCCUGAGACAACCAACGAUGUCCCCCACUACCCAGAUGGAGCGCCUCUACAAGGCGGCCUUCCUGCCAGCAUACCCAUGCAGAUGCUGUGGUGGCAGCAGAUGUACGCUCGCCACUACUACAUGCAAUAUCAGGCAGCGGUAGCUGCAUUACAGCCUCCCAGCACUCCUCCUCCGUCCCCACUUUCCUCAUCCCCCCAUCAGCCCGCUCAGCCCAAUGAAGCUGUGCAGCCUCCGCUGGGCCCGAACCCAGCCCAGGACCCUCUACAAGAGAACCUGCCUGCCAACCCAGUCCAGAUGAACGCACAGGGCGGCCCGGUGCUGAACGACAACGAGCUGAACCAGGACUGGCUGGACUGGUUGUACACGGUGUCACGGGCUGGAGUUCUGCUGAGCAUCGUUUACUUCUACUCCUCCUUCAGUCGUUUUGUCAUGGUGGUCAGCGCCAUGCUGCUCAUCUAUCUGCACCAGGCUCAGUGGUUUCCCUUCAGACCAGAACAGCAGAAUAUCAGAGAAGAAAGGGCCGGCGCUCCUCCAGGAGAAGUGCAGAGGCAGCAGGAAAUGCAGGAAAUGGAGCGACUGAUGGAUGAAGGGAUGGAGGAUGAUGACAGCGGUGAGGAAGGAGGAGGAGGCAACGAAGACCCGGUUCUGGGUGCGGCCCUGCCAGAGCCAAGCAUCCUCACCGUGGCGUGGGCCUUCAUCAGCACCUUCUUCACCUCACUCAUCCCUGACGUUCAGCCGCAGCUGGCUAACUAGGAAGACGCUCUGCCCGUCUCCCUCCUGGCAGCAGGUACCGCUCUACAGUUUCCAACCUUCAUCUUCACUGUAACACCCAGUUGAGUCUCCAAACAAAAUCACUCGAGUCUGAGUGGACGGUAGCAGUCGGUUGGUCCAGACGACGGCUCUUACUAAUGGGAUCUGAGAGCAGAUCCAGAGUGUCACUACUGGAAGUACAAAAAUAAAGGAACUGAAAAAUGAAAAAGGAAAAAAAAAAAACUGUCUCUGGAGUAAAUGUCUCAACCGUGAUGGGAAAGAUGAUGGCAAGACGCAUAUGGGAGCCGUCUUCAAUUUUGAGCAGCGAUGGACUCACGAUGGUGGAUUAUUUUAUUAUUUUAUUUGAGACAUGUGACUGAUUUAAAGAUAACGUCAGGAAAUCUCCCUGGAAUGAGAGGGAGUUGUCCUUAUUAAAAAAAAACAAAAACCUUCUGAAAGACAUUUCCAUAUGCACACAGGGUGCAUACAGAGAUUGCAGCAAUGAAGCUCAAUUUUUCACACGUUAUCAUCUAUUUACAUGUGUAAAUAUAUUCAUCUAUAAUUCCAAUAUAUAUUCUUUUUGAAUAAAGUUCUGCCUGCAUACCAAAAUCGA